UAUAACUGAAAAUAUCUUAUGUUCAGACGUCACUAUCGUCCACCUCUCCAAUUCCUCACAUUUUUCAGGUUGUACAUAAAAGGUGCCAUGAAUUUGUAAAUUUUGCUUGUCCUGGUGCAGAUAAGGGUGUUGACAGUGAUGUUUGACCCCAGACAGCAACACAGAUGGAAAGUAACUACAGUUUCUUCCCCAACAUUUUGUGACCAUUGUGGAUCCCUUCUAUAUGGACUAAUCCAUCAAGGAAUGAAAUGCCAACAUUGUGAUCAAUAUGGUAGGGGAUAUUUAGAUGCUUAAAUUGAGUUCCGUCCCGAGUAUUUGGGUCGAAAAGGAAGGGGUUUUCGAUAAAAUUUAAUGUUUCAGUCUUGAUUAGGAUACCUAAUUCCAAACAUAAAUAAAGUAUUGAAGAUUUGCAGUGAUUGUGUAUAAGGGAUAGUU